CAACAUUUUGUGACUAUGAAUUAGCAAUCAAAUAACACUACAUAGGUUUUAUUGCCAUGUGUGAAAAUGGAACCCACAAGCCUUCUCAUACGUUUAUCAGAGACAUGUGGCUCCUUUUCUCUGCCUGUACAAGAGCCCCCGGAAACUGAUGCUUGAACAUUACUGCUUCUUUUGAAUUUCCCUCUCCAUAGGCAGACAAUUUGAGAGACAUUAAGAAAGACAUUUUCUUAGGGCUUAAGCAGAAGUUAUGGCACAUCCUCAACCAAGAAUCGGAGCAAUGUAUCCACUUGAUGGCAUGGACAGGCCAGGAGGGGAUCUAAGGUGGUCACCACGCGCUACGCAACCAUUAGGGAAGGAACAUAACAUGGAGGAUGAUCAUACACCACAUAGAAAGUCUGUUCUUGCCAAAGUGAAGGAGAAGGCCCGGAAAUGGCGACAAACUCUCAGUAAGAAGAAGCACAAUGAGGAUGCUAAUGCUACACCAUCGUGGGGUGUUAGCUUGGAGGAUGAAGAUGAUGAAGAUGAAGAUCCUGAAUAUCUUGGAGCCCCAAUGUAUGAAUCAGAGAUGGCACCUGUGGGGUACAAGGAGACAGCUAGACAGCAUCCAAGAGUGAUUCAUGUGACACCUGAGAAGCAUGUUUUAACAAGCAGUGUUAACAAUAGCAAUAACUCUGAUCUAAAGUCUCCGAGUCCUGCUAAGGUUCCCAAUACAACAACUGAAACUGUGGCAGAGAAGCUGGCACCCGCGUAUGCCACAGUAACAGAUACAACACAUGCCAUUGCUUCGAAGAUUCAAAGUCUCACUCUUUCAAAGUCAGAAGCACCAGCACCAGCACCAGAACCAAACCCAUCCUCAGAAGCCUCAUUAGCACCAAACCUUACAGUGAGGACAUUAAGCCCACCACCAGCAAGUCCUAAAGCAAAGGCAUUAAUCCCACAAGCCCCAUUAGCACCAAACCUUACAGUGAGGACGUCAAGCCCACCACCAGCAAGUGCACCAGCACCAGCCGCAAUUGCAACAAAACUAGCAAACCAAGUCCCAACAGAAAUGGAAAAGGCUGCACCGACCUCAGCCCCUGCAGCAGUAGCAGCUCAUAAUCAUCCUUUUACUAGCAAGCAAAUAUGGGAUAAAAGAGAGCUAGUAAAAGAGUAUAUAAUGCAGAAACUGGAGCCAGGGGAGGAUGAGAGGGCUCUUUCUCAAGUGAUAUCUGAGGCAAUUAGUCCAAGAAAAACUCCUGGUGAUGCAAGUGUGGUGGAGAAGGUGAAAGAAGCAGUAACAUCUUUGCUUCGGAAAGACGGGUCUCCCCAACGUGCAGUUUAUCAUUCAGCUCAGAACUCAUCAUCACAUAUUCCUAUCUCAAACAAUGCUCAUGAAGGUAAUUCCAGAAUUGUUGAGGAAGAAAAUCAUGGAAGAAUACUUCAGGCCAACUGAAAGAGGAAGUCAUUGGCUAAUAGAGAAGUUGUAUGUACUGAUAAAGAGUUUACCAUGAGUACUUUCCAUGUUCCAAUAAUAAUCUGUUUCUUUCUGCAGCCCUACUAGCACUAGAUUAAAAGAUGUGCAAAAACAAUCUGAUGAAUGUUACAUUUUGUUUUGUUUUUGGUAAGUGCUUCAAUCUCCCAUUUUACAAUUUGGAUAUGCACUUGUUCUGAACUCUGCAUAAUUAUUAUCUAUUUCCAAUAACGAAAAACUCUAAAUUAACAAUUUUUGCUCGGAAGUAUCUGGCAAGUCCUGUAGAAGCUCUGGGUUGCUUCGGGUCAUGUAAUUGUUGAUUGGGAACCUAGCAAAGAUUUGCAGCCAUACAACUCAUAGGU